AUGGGUAGAGAGAAGACAAAAUACUUGGACCGUCCCAUUCCCACCAUCUCACUCGCGAAUUUUGAAUCACGCAUUGAUGAAAUCACCUCGGAACUAGUCUCUGCCGCCGAGAACGUGGGGUUCUUCUCCAUCACCGACCACGGCAUCACUCCCGAAGAAAUCGACGAGAUAUUUGCCCAAUCAGCCCGGUUCUUUGCUCUUCCGGACGAAACCAAAGGGAAUGUCCCCUUCUCCUCCGCAAACAAUGCCGGGUGGGAGAAGAAUGCACAAGUCCGACCUUCCACCGGUGCGGCAGACAGGAAGGAGUCUUACCAGAUGCAGUUCGGCAGAAACAUGGAGGGUAAAUGGCUUGAUGAACCUGUCUUGCCGGGCUUCAAAGAUUCUGCCCUCAAAUUCAUGUGGAAGGUGCAGGAAGUUUCAGAGAGGCUGAUGACAUGUUUCGCGCGAGGAUUGGGGUUUGAAGAUGAUUACUUUGUCAAGGCACAUGAUGUGAAGAGACCUGAGAGUCAGACAGUGGCGAGACUCUUGCAUUACUUUGAAACUCCCAGAGAAAACGCGAAUGGGGAGGUUUUCCAUCGCGCAGGAGCACAUACCGAUUGGGAUCUACUGACACUCUUGUUCCAGAAGGAGGGCCAGAGCGGCCUUGAGAUCUGUCCCGGUCGCGAAGCGUCCACAUCUUUCGCCCACGGAGACACCUGGACGAAAGUUGCCCCUUCUCAAGAAUCCAUCAUCUGCAACAUCGGUGACCUUCUCAUGUCCUGGUCCGACGACCGAUUCAAAUCCACCUUCCACCGCGUCAAGGCACCUAGUGACGUUGACGAUUUCUACGGCGAACGCUACAGCAUCGCCUUCUUCAACCAACCGUGCAGAGACGCCGUCAUCCAGGGUCCGCGCAAGAAAUACCCCAUGGUGACGGGGGAGGAAUUUACCCGCAACGCGAUGAGGAGAAAUUUCGAGGCGUUGGAGAAGAAGAGGCUUGAAAAGGAGAGUUUGGAGAGACAGAUGGAGAUGGAAGAGGCCAAGAAGAUGGUGGAACGCGAGGGUCUCAGAGGCGCGAGCGUUGAGAGUGGCGGUAAGGUCGUUGCAGAGGUUGGCGCUUGA